AUGUCUUUAUCGUUACGUCCUUUUGUAGGUAUUGCUGUCAUUGCUGUUUAUCCUAGUCGUUAUCCUCAAAGUGUACUUAUAUCUGAACGUUUAUCAAGUCAUGGUAAAGGUGGAUAUCAAUUACCUGGUGGUCAUCUUGAAUAUGGUGAAUCAUUUGAUGAAUGUGCAAAACGAGAAUUAAAAGAAGAAACAAAUCUUGAUUGUUCAUCAUUUAAAUUAGUACAUGUUACAAAUACAAUUUUUUCUAAAGAAGAUGGUGGACCAAAACAUUAUGUUACACUUUUUAUGAAAACAAUUGUUCAAGAUGAUUCAACAUUAAAAUGUAUGGAACCACAGAAAAAUUCCGAUUGGAUUUGGACGAAAUGGAAUGAUUUAAAAACAAAAAAAUUAUUUACACCUCUUCAACAAGCAGUUGAUGAUUCCAAUUUUAAUCCAUUUGAUGAUUAA